AAAUAUACAUUGUUGUAUUAUGUAUAAGCUAUAACUUUCAUUGUUCGCUAGGGUAGUUUACGUCUAUGCCACGAUCGUCUGGUCAUUCUCUCACAGACGCUGAGAGGGCGGCGUUUGAAUGGUCGCGUGAGAAGCGUGCGGUAUCUCGUGGAAGGAGCAAACGUUCAGCUUCUGAAGAGGGUUCUUAUUCUAGGUACCGUCGGCGUAGCAGGUAUGAUGACAGCAGCGAUUCGGAUCAUCCUCGGGAUCCAUUUAACCCUUUAAAACUGGCUUAUCAGGGCAAACGUGCGAGAAAAUACCAUCGAGGCAAAUCUCGUUCACGAUCUCGUUCUCGUGAACGCCGUUCUCCCAGACAAUGGGCGCAUGACUUAUAUGAUGACAGUGAGUUACGUGUAGCUGAGGAAUCAAGGUACAAUCGUGAUCGAUCGGAUCGUGAUAUUACACGGUAUGAGUUGGACACGCGCCGUGGUUCAUGGCGAUCUAAAGCUGGUGGCGUGUAUAUACCUCCUGACGACGACCAAUCUGUUGAUGAUGACAUUUAUUCGGAUUACCGUCCACGGCGCAACAGCUCCACUGGCAGAUCGUCCUAUAGAUCGAGGUCUUAUGAGAGGCCUGAUCCGGUGUACACAUUGGACUAACUGUGUUACGUAUGCUGUUUAGGAGCCACUAA